GGUUUUAUCAUUGCCAUCAAAUGGUCCCUGCCUUGCCAUAUACUAGAGUUCCAUGGACAUUGGACCCAUCUACAAGUAAAAAUAUAUUUUUUUUUCUGGUUGUGGGGGAGGGGGGGGUGGUGGUGGUGGGUUCAAGAAUCAAGGUCUGCAAGUAAUUCAAAUCAAAAGAAAACAAGAAACCUUGAGCUUCAAGAACGACAAACUACAAACCACAAAGUCGUUGUUCAGAAUAGUCUUCCUCUGAAUUUGAUUUGUAAUGGCCGACAGAAAAACGCGUCCCAAAUCCAACAGACGCGUUUUACUUUGACGGCGCGCUUCUUCUUCUCCUCCUCUCUCUCUCUCUCUCUCUCUCUUUCUCUCGCCGAGCCGGCCAUAGCCCACACGUCGAACCCACGAGGCAACGGUCAAGUCUUCACCCUCUUUAAGCCCUCAAACACCUUAUCCCACUUCUGAUUCUCAUGGGCGUGUAUCUCUCGAUCACAUCCAAUGAGAUUUCCACUGUUUUCAUGGCUUCUUCUUCUCUACUCUGUUUCUGUUCUAUUCCCCAUUGAUCAAUUUCUGGUUUAUUGCCGAUGUCUUGAGGAUCAAAGAUCUCUGUUGCUCCAUCUCAAUCAAAGCCUCUCUUUCAAUCUGAGACCCCGUCCCGUUACUUCAAAGCUUGCUUCAUGGAACACAAGCUCCGAUUGCUGUACUUGGAAGGGCGUCACCUGCGAACAGGGUUCUGGUCAUGUUAAUGGACUCGACCUCAGCAGCGAAUAUAUAACUGGAGGACUUGACAAUUCAAAUAGCAGUCUCUUUAAUCUUCGAUAUCUUCAAAGCUUGAAUUUGGCAAACAACUACUUCAAUCGUACGCAGAUUCCUUCUGCGCUUAUCAGGCUCGUGAAUUUGACCAACCUCAACCUGUCCAAGUCGGGUUUUGCUGGCCAAGUUCCCAUUGAGAUCUCAUAUCUGACGAGGUUAGUUUCUCUUGAUCUCUCCGCUUUUCCUGGAAAGACUCGAUUGAGACUCGAAAAGCCAGAUCUUGGAACUUUUGUUCGAAACCUCUCGGGAUUGAAGACUCUCCAUCUUGAUGGAGUGAAUAUAUCAGCUCCGGGCAGUCAAUGGUGCCGGGCCUUAUCCUCUGCACUUCCCAAUCUCCAAGUGUUGAGCUUAUCCAAUUGUUAUCUUUCAGGGCCACUAGAUUCUUCACUUUCUGAACUCAGUUUGCUUUCUCAUAUUAGUCUCAGCCAGAACAAUAUUUCUGCUGAAGUGCCAGUAUUCUUCAAGUAUUUCAGUAACUUGACUUCUCUGCACCUCAAUUCUUGUGGGUUAAAGGGGAAAUUUCCAGAGAAAGUUCUACAGCUAAGGAACCUACAAAGCCUCGAUGUAUCACAGAACCCGUUGCUAAGUGGUUCUUUGCCGGAAUUUUCUAGGAAUGGCUCUCUUCAGAACUUGAUACUCUCUUCCACUAGUUUCUCAGGUCCCUUACCAGAUUCUAUAGGCAAUCUUAGCCUUCUGUCCAAAUUACAGCUUACGAGUUGCAGCUUUAAUGGAUCAAUUCCAUCGUCCAUUAUACAACUUAAUCAGCUCGAUUCUUUGGACUUGUCACUUAACACCUUCACUGGCCCUAUACCUCCGUUGCCUGAAACUCUAACCCAGGUAAACCUUGCCCAUAAUUAUUUAACAGGUUCACUUACGGACUCCCAUUGGGAGAGGUAUGGAAAGCUUGUUACUCUUGACUUAAGGAACAAUUCACUCAAUGGAAGUAUACCAUCAUCUCUAUUCACCCUGCCAACACUGAAAAACUUAAAACUAAGCCAAAACCAAUUUUCUGGCCAACUCAAGGAGAUGCGCAAUAUGUCUUCAGCAUCGUUGGAUACCCUUGAUUUGAAUAGCAAUAAUCUGGGGGGACCAAUACCAUUAUCGAUAUUUGAACUCCAGAAACUUAAUGUCCUUACUCUUUCUUCCAACAAUUUCAGUGGCACUAUAGAGCUUGAGAUGAUUCAGAAACUGCAGAACCUCACCUCUCUCGAUCUUUCCAACAAUAGCUUGCUGGUCAGUACUACCAUUCACAAUUCUAACUCAUCAUUCCCCCAGAUCCGCACACUGAAAUUGGCAUCCUGCAAGCUGCAAGGCUUCCCUGACUUCUUAAGAAACCAAUCAACAUUGUCUAAUCUAGACCUGUCCAACAAUCAAAUUCAUGGGCAAAUACCCACUUGGGUUUGGAAAAUUGGUAAUGGGUCUCUUUCUUAUUUGAACCUUUCUUUUAACUCCCUCAACGAUCUGGAACGACCUUUGCCCGAUCCGAGUGAUAUUGCUUCAUUGGCUAUGCUUGACCUUCACUCCAAUUUUCUCCAAGGACAAAUCCCAGUUCUGUCAUCAACCCUAACAUAUUGGGAUAUCUCAAACAACAGCUUCCAAUCCCGCAUCCCAUCUAAUAUCACUUCUUACCUUGUCUUCACCAUCUUCUUCUCUCUCUCAAGCAAUAAUCUCAGCGGGGAAAUCCCUCAAUCAAUAUGCAAUGCUGGUUAUCUUCAAGUUCUUGAUCUGUCUAAUAACAGCUUGAAUGGCACAAUCCCCUCAUGUUUGGCUAGCAUAAGCACACUGACGGUACUGAACCUAAGGCGUAACCACUUUGUCGGUCAUAUUCCUCAGGAAUUUCCAGUUGGGUGCAGCCUAAGGACACUGGAUCUCAGUGGGAACAGAUUAGAAGGACCAUUGCCUACAGCCCUGGCCAAUUGCAAAAAGCUAGAGGUUCUCAAUCUUGGGAACAACCAAAUAAAUGGCUCAUUUCCAUUAUACUUGGGAAGCUGUACUGACUUACGGGUCCUUGUUCUGCGCUCCAAUAAAUUCAACGGACCCAUUGGUGAAGAAGGCAUAAAUCAUAAUUUCUCAAAGCUGCAAAUUGUAGACCUCUCUUCCAAUCACUUCACGGGUAAUCUUCCCACUGAAUCCUUAAUGAAAUGGACAGCAAUGAUGGUUGAAGAGGAUGAAACACAAUCGAAGAUUAAGCAUGAGACAUUGAGAGUCAGGUUCCUAAAUUACAGUAGUCAAAUGUACUACCAGGAUACAGUGACGGUCACAAUCAAAGGACAAGAGAUGGAGUUGACAAAGAUCCUAACCGUCUAUACCUCCAUUGACUUGUCAAAUAAUGGAUUCCAAGGGGAGAUUCCAAAGGUGAUAGGAAACCUCAACCCUCUCUAUUUUCUUAAUUUGUCUCAUAAUGCUCUGAUUGGACGAAUACCAUCAUCCCUGGGGACCCUGAAACAGCUCGAGUCAUUAGACCUCUCAAGCAACAAGUUAGGAGGAGAUAUCCCUUCGCAGCUGAUAAGCCUAACAUUCCUUGCGGUCCUGAACCUCUCGUGGAACAACCUUACGGGAGCGAUACCAAUGGAAAAUCAAUUUCGGACAUUUUCAGCAACUUCCUUUGAAGGGAAUGAAGGCUUAUGUGGACUUCCAUUGUCAAGAAAGUGCACAGUCAAUCACGUAUCACCACCAACAUCCACAUAUGAAAACAUGGGUCCACAAUCUGAUAAAUUUGAUUGGAAGUUCAUAUUUAGCGGAGUGGGUUUUGGUGCAGGAGCUGCAAUGGCUGUUGCACCACUGAUGUUUUCGAAGAAGGGAAGGAAAUGGUAUGACAAACAGGUGGAAAGAAUUUUUUUCAUGAUAAUCCCCUCUGCAGGUUUGCUCUGUACCACCUGUGAUGAUGGAAGGGUUGAAACAGAGUAUAAUACAGAAGAAGAGCUUCCAGAGACAAGUGAAGACUCUGAUGACGACGAGGAAGGAGAGGAAGAUGAAGAAAGACGGGGGAAAUUUUGUGUCUUCUGUUCCAAAUUAGACAGUAGCAGGAAGAAGAUUGUACAUAAUCCCAACUGCUCUUGCCACAGUUAGUUGCCAAUCAUUUAUUCUACCACCGCUUCUUCUUAAGUUGAAAUUGUCAAGUUCACAAAUUUUCCAAGCCUUGAAUAUUCUGUAAAUAAACAGAGAAAAGAGCACCCAUUGGACAUAGUUACAGAAGCAUAGAUUUUGUCAUCAUAUUUCUACAUGCUUUGUUUUCUGUGAUCCAUUCGGCAAAGAGUAUGAAGCUUGUUUUUAUCAUUCAUGAA